ACGCCACAAGGCGCCUGCAGGACUAAAAGCGCCGGAAUGCGAUAAAGGAAAAACUAGGCAGCAAGUAAAACACUACGAUAAACUGUUAGUGUCAGCCAUUGUUUAGUGAAUGCACAGUUUAUACUGACGAACGGCCUGCGUAUAAGAAUCAGACCAAAGUUAUUGAAGAAUUCUGCUACACAAGGCUAAAGCUGGAUGACGUCAUCAAACGCCAUAUUUAAAAACUCUGGACUCUUUUGCGCCACCUCUUCGAAAUUGUACAGAAUGUAGUUAUUCGCAGCGUCGACUAACCGGGGACAAAAGAAUGACCUGUUAAAAAGUUUUCGAUGCUAUCGGUUCAAAAACAGCAAGAAAAUUGCUCCAGCGUUCAGCAUUAUAAAAGGAGCGGUACAGCGGAUUUUAUGCGUGUUAUGGCAACUUUACACCGGGAAAGACGGGACACCCUUGCAAAGGCGUGUGCAGAAUGGGAUAAAAGACAAGUGGGAAACGAACCGAUAGGAAAUGCUCUGUUUUCUAAAAAGUACAAGUUCACGGCGUGUCCAAUCUAUAAAAGUGGGAGCUCCACUUUUCUGAGGUCUAUACUAGAAAUGGAAGGGGUGAAUCAAACACCUAUGCAAUUUAAUGGCCUUAUGGCGGAAGGUAGGAAGAGAAGAAUCGCCGCUCUUCCAACGGCGGAAAAGAAACAAGAAAUUUGGGAUCAGUAUUUAAACGUCAUAUUGGUUCGAAGCCCUUUUGAGCGUUUUGUGUCUGCCUACACAGAUAAGCUAGUACCAACUGGUCGUGGUUACACAUACGUUUUCAAGCCACUGUCUAAAAAUUUUAGAAAUCAGUUUAUUUCAAUUCGAGCAAACGUAUCUGAACGAACAGCUAAAGAAGAACACGCCACCUUCGAAGAUUUCGUAAACCAUUUGAUCAGAAAUCAAGACGGUAGUAGAGACCAUCAUUGGAGGUCGUAUGAAGCUUGGUGCUCAGCUUGUAACCAUGGUUAUGACGUCAUAAUGAAAAUGGAAACGCUGAGUGAUGACGUACGUUACGUGGCAGAGCUUCUAGGGAUAUCCCCCGAACAUAGGAACUGGUUUUUCCCAAGUUCGAAACCUGCGACAGACAUUCAUAAAACGGAAAGGUUUUUCAAAACUGUCCCGAAAAAUUUGUCGCUAGCAUUAUAUGAAAUGUCGAAACGAGAUUUUGAUAUGUUCGGAUAUCCUAAACCAAAUUGGUUAUGGUGAUAUGGCCUCGCUUGUUUAGACACUGUGAAUUAGAUGCAUUGUAAUUAGGCUGUAUAUAUGGCGUAAACUGGCUCGGCGAGGUAGGUUUACGUUUACAACAUAAGCUAUAACCUAGAACCAAAUUGUAGGUUGGGGUAAGAUAGUUCAUGUUUUUAUUCUCUUUUAUCGUCCAAUUUGGUAGAUUAUUUACAAAAUUAUAUAACCGUAUUCUCUCGACUUUAAAAUAGCGUUAUUAACUGUUAAAAACGCGAUGAGAAAAUAUGGGAUAAUAUGCGCUAACCGUAUCUACCUUAUAUCCCAACAGUAGUAUAUUUUGACUUCAAUGAUAAAAUCGUAUAUAGCACUUUACAAUGAUAUUUUUUUGCUUAUAAAACCACUUUUAUUUCCAUUGCUUCUACACUUUGCUUUUGCACGCUUCAAACGCUUUUAAUAAUUGCUUACACGCUCGCCUGUAUAUAACAAAUUAAUCAUUGGGUAGCGCUUUGCCGGUUUGAUGCGCGUGCGUAUUAGACUUUUAUAGAAUGUUUAAUCAAUGUUAAUAAAUAUUUGAAUGAA